UUUCUACGAUACAGUCGUACGGUGACAUUGUUCGUUGGGGGUCCUCUCUCCGCUCUCUUGCACCCUCCCUUGUUGCCCGUCUUCGGACACAUGAUUUUCCAAUUGCAUACAAAUUUACCCCAACGCUUCAUCCAUUUUCUUUCGAUUCACACACAAACAGAUGAGUGUUGUUACCGAUUCUCCUGUGCAUUCGUCCAGCAGUGAUGACUUCAUUGCAUUUCUUGACGCUGAACUAGAUGCAAGUUCACCGGACUCGUCGCCUGAUAAAGAAGUUGAAAAACAAGAUGAUGAUGAGCUUGAGAGUGUCAGAAUUAAAAGACGUAAAUUUGAAAGCAUUGAGGAAACUGAGGGAUCUACUUCAGAAGGAAUCAUCAAACAGAGUUUAGAGGCAUCCAUGGAGGUAGACAUAUGUACACAUCCCGGCUCGUUUGGAAAUAUGUGUAUACGUUGUGGGCAAAAGUUGGAUGGGGAAUCUGGUGUUACAUUUGGGUACAUACAUAAGGGACUGAGACUUCAUGAUGAGGAAAUUUCUAGAUUGCGCAAUACUGACAUGAAGAGUUUGUUAUGUCGUAAAAAGCUCUACUUGGUUCUUGACCUAGAUCACACACUGCUAAAUUCCACUCACCUUGCUCAUUUGACUUCUGAAGAGUCGCAUUUACUUAACCAAACAGAUUCUCUUAGAGAUGUCUCCAAAGGCAGCCUCUUCAAAUUGGAGCAUAUGAAUAUGAUGACCAAGUUGAGGCCCUUUGUCCGCCCAUUUCUAAAAGAAGCAAGUGAAAUGUUUGAGAUGUACAUAUAUACUAUGGGUGAUCGGCCUUAUGCAUUAGAGAUGGCUAAGCUACUUGAUCCUCAGGGAGAAUACUUCAAUGCUAAGGUCAUUUCUCGAGAUGAUGGGACUCAAAAGCAUCAGAAGGGUCUUGAUGUUGUGUUAGGGCAAGAAAGUGCAGUCCUAAUUCUUGAUGAUACAGAACACGCAUGGAUGAAGCAUAAAGAUAAUCUGAUACUAAUGGAAAGAUACCAUUUUUUUGGUUCGAGUUGUCGGCAGUUUGGUUUCAAUUGCAAAUCCCUAGCCGAACUGAAGAGUGAUGAAAAUGAAACUGAUGGAGCACUUGCAAAAAUUCUCAAAGUGCUCAAGCAAGUCCAUUGCAUGUUCUUUGAUAAACAAGAAGAUUUUGAUGAUCGAGAUGUGAGGCAGAUGUUGUCAUUGGUUCGAAGGGAAGUCUUAAGCGGAUGUGUGAUCAUUUUCAGCCGUAUUGUUCAUGGUGCAAUACCAUCUCUGAGGAAGAUGGCAGAACAGAUGGGAGCUACUUGUUUGACUGAAAUUGACCCGUCUGUUACACACGUAGUUGCUACUGAUGCUGGAACCGAGAAGUGCCGGUGGGCAGUGAAAGAAAAGAAGUUCGUGGUUCAUCCCCUAUGGAUAGAGGCUGCAAAUUAUUUUUGGCAAAAGCAGCCUGAGGAGAACUUCAUUCUCAAAAAAAAGCAAUAGUCACUUUUCUUAUGGUAUCAAACAGUGCUGUGUUCAUAAUAGCUUGCUUACUUAGUGGCCCAAGUAUAUGAAAGGAUAUCUAAUACCUAACCAACAACCUUCUGAUUGUGAAACGUGAACAGUCAACUUACCAUUUGAGUAGAAAACAAUACCAUUUUUAUGUCUAGUUUAACUCUGUUUGCUUUUGGACUAUUUCUUUUGUUUCAUUCUUACAAUGAAGUUUUGAUAAGGAGGUAGGGAAAUUCAAGUUUAGGA